AUGGUACUUGUGUAUCUCAACAUAAAAAAAAGUCCCAAGAUUCAAAAUAUGCUAACAACAUCUACAGAAGCUCCUCCAGCAACAUCUCCUCCUCGCACCUCUCCUCGCACCCGUCCAGCCUCGUCGCCCGAUGACGGCAUGAGCUCUGAAGAGCGAGAAUUAGAAGAACAAGAAGAAGCAGAGAGAAAGAGAAAGGCUCGAGAGAAGAAGAAUAAGAAAAAGCCGGGCGAGGGAUCGAAACCUACGGGGAUUGUGAAGAAGAAGAAGAAGGAUGAUGAUGAUGAUGAUGAUGAUAGUGGUACUUAUAAGGGAAAGGCGAAGAAGGCGUUUUUGUUGUAUCAGUCUGGGAGGGGGUAUUAG